GGCGCAUGCGUGGUUACCGCUUCCGCGACGUACCUAGCCAUCUUUCCAGUCAAGCAAAAGUGAUUGUUUUCAGUCUUAGUCUUAUUUAACUGAACUUUUAUUAAUGUCAGAACCACAGUCCGCGCUGCUAUUACGAAAACAAUUAGCAGAAUUAAAUAAAAACCCGGUAGAAGGGUUUUCUGCAGGCCUCAUAGACGACAAUGACAUAUAUCGGUGGGAAGUACUCAUUAUUGGACCUCCGGAUACAUUAUACGAAGGUGGUUUUUUCAAAGCACACUUACAGUUUCCAAAAGAAUAUCCACUUAGGCCACCAAGAAUGAAAUUCAUAACCGAGAUAUGGCAUCCAAAUAUCGACAAAAAUGGAGAUGUAUGUAUAUCGAUACUACACGAACCUGGUGACGACAAGUGGGGAUACGAGAAAGCGUCCGAACGGUGGUUACCAGUUCAUACAGUCGAGACUAUCUUGAUAAGUGUUAUUAGCAUGCUCGCAGAUCCUAACGAUGAAAGCCCUGCUAAUGUGGAUGCCGCCAAAGAGUGGAGGGAAAGUUAUACGGAAUUUAAGCGAAAGGUGGCGAGGUGCGUGAGAAAAAGCCAAGAGGAGUGUUUGUAGGGGCUGAACAAAUAUUCAACUGGAAAGACUUAUUUAAUUCUGGGAAGCCGUAAGCACUGUAAGAAAGAAACCGAUGCUCAGCAUAAAGCUAACGGACAACAGUGCCACUAAGAGCGGAAUAAGCCUGACCCAUCCUUGUGCAGAAAGAGGAAGACAAAGUGUGUGUGAAUGGGAGAGAGAAACACGUUGCUCUAUCAUGUUUAUUAAACUACUAUCACCGACGUACGAUCCAUCGAAACAAGGAGCAUAAAAGAGAUACACACGCAAUUCACCUUUUACAUAAUAAACAGCUAAAAGAAAAAUUAAUUUACACGUAUACAUAAUGCAAAAGAUCAUCUCUGUACGAUUACCUUAAUAUUACUAGUUAUUAUAAACUUAACUCUCCCCCCGCCCCUCCUUAAUGCUCAAGAGCGACCUCGAGUCCAUACCCCCUCUUUCGAUCGGACCUUGUGAUUUCAAAUGAUGUGUUUUUACGUUUGUCUGUCAAUAAUAAUUCCUUACUGUCGUUUCGUAUUUUCUUACUUUCGUAAAUAUAUAUAUAUGUAUAGAUACAUUUUUAUAAAGUCAAAUGGAGACGGGACACGUGCAGCAAUCGCAUGGGAUGUCGGCCACCGAUAAUGGACUGCAUAUGAAUUAUUACAAUGCCGCGAGGAGCGAUUUAAUGUCGAUUUAAAGUCGCGUGGACAUAACGUGCGGCUAUGUGUAAAAAUAUAUAUUAAAUUUCCAUCGAACCGUAAGUUGCCAAAAUAAUGAAUUCUAACACAGGUGAUAAUAAUGAUAAUAUUAUUGUUAAUGUACCGAUAAUUACAGCUAGUUCUCUAAUAUAACAUGUAUUACACAGUAUAAGGCACUCACUCUCUUGAACCGUGUCGAUCGUGUGAUGCGGAGUGGCGCUUUUCUUACAAACGAAAAACUUGCGGUUCUUGAUCACGCAAUUCUGUUAAAACUUAAAAAGAGAUCCAUCAUUUCUCGUUAGGAUUAAUUUACGUAUCGAAUUCCUUUUGCAUUUGUAUUAAAGUCUAGGUUGAAAUUAAAAUUAUCAUCUUUUCUUCUGAUUAUAUACAUCAUUUCACAUUGUGUCAAUUAAAUCUUCAGACAUUGAAA